GAUGAGCCAUAGGAACAGCAGGUGGCGGAGGUAGUCAGGUUAGGUAGUCAGUGUAUAUUUUGCGAAUGAGCGCAGGUGUAGUCACUAGUUAGUCGCAGGUGCGUGCGGAGCCGCUGCGCUGGGUGUGCCUCUCGUUCCUGCCAACCAGUGCGUCUCGUGUGAGUCUAUUGAUCGAGUGCGUCUCAACGGUAUGUUUGCGUAAUUAUUGGCAUUUCCUGACAAGACUGGCCACAAAGGUGUCAAGGACGAUAAUCAGUGUUUAGUUGAUUUUGACGCCUUACUGUGUCCUCAUCACCGACAACACCAAUGAGGCGUCAAGUAAUGAUCCACGCCACGCCGAAGACACCCCAGUAGGUCCCGGAAAGCCCACCUCUGCCUUCUAACUUGUUUUUGAAGUUCACCUGCAUAAGGUGCCUACCGCCACCUGCUCCAUGCUCAUCCCCAACAUCAGCGGCCAGCCUACAGCCUUCACCGUGCCUUCGUCGUCUUCCUCGAUCACCAGGGAGCCCCCCGCCAUGACAGCACUGCCUCCUGCACUCCCGUACUACGCACCAGGGAGCCGCGACAUGUACAGCCCCGCCCGGCCUCUGGUGCUGCAGCCACAGACCGGGGUGGCUCCCGCCGGGACAGCUCCCAUGGAGGGUCUGCGGUAUCCUCCACCUAAUGCAGCCGCAGCGGCUGCGGCGGCGCGACACUACGACUUGGCGCAGCAUGUCCUGUCCCAGCACACCGCCGCCAUGGCCAAGCUGCUCGGAACCAUCCGGCCACCGGGAAUGAUUGGGGGUUCCAAACCUAAGGUGGCCACACCACAGGUGGUGAACAAGAUCGAGCAGUACAAGCGGGAGAACCCAACCAUCUUCGCCUGGGAGAUUCGCGAAAAACUCAUCUCAGAGAGCGUUUGUACGAACUCUACGGCACCUUCAGUCUCCUCGAUCAACAGGAUCCUCAGGAAUCGCGCUGCGGAAAGGGCGGCCGCUGAUUUUGCCCGUGCAGCGGGAUAUGGUCUCUACAACCCUUACGCCGCAGCAGGGGGCAUGGCGUGGUCAAAUCCUGCUGCAGCUGCUGCUGCCGCCGCUGCUGCUGCGUCAUCCCCCAUCUGGGGUGGAGCAGGUGUACCACACGCUGCUCUUCCUGCUGCCUACACCUCUUCGGCUGCCGCACACGCCGCCCUGGGCCUUCACCGAGUGCAUGCCGAGAAACUGAGUCUGCCGAUGGCGGGCCAGACGCACCAUGAACAUAGACCAGAAGACGUAGACUGUAAUAAACCUCGGGGCGAGAGUUCAGCCAGUGACUGUGGGGACGACAGGCCACCUACAGCUUCAUCCGCACCGCCCACUCCCGCUUCACCCACCUCGGCGUCCCCAUCCACUACGACCAACAAGAGUAAAAUAAGUUUUAGUGUCGAGUCUCGUCUGCUGUCUUCACCGCCACCCACCUCCGUCCAUCAGGGUCACUCAGAGACCAGCCCGGCACACCCCACGUCCACAAACCCUUCCCACGCAGCCACCGCCCACGAAGCUGGAUCCCUGGUGGCGUUGGCAGUGCCGGGCUGGCGCUACCCUCGCUAUCAUCCGUAUAACCUCACCCGGUAGAAUACCUUGAGACGCACCGCGCGCCUCUACCGCGAUAUACAUUCUCGACAGCGCAAUAAUUUUGCAUCACAUUAUCGAGUGUCUAUGGCCGAUCCCUCGCGGCCUUUGAAGCACGUGACAGUGCCUCGCUCUUGCCGUUAUCUUAAAGUGGCGCAGAGUAAUGAAAGCAGAAGACCAAAGCUUGACUCAACAAUGAGGAGUGAUGAGUGUUACUAUAAAUGUGAAAACAGUUUAUAUAUGACAUACUUGAUGAUUUAAAAAAUGGUCCUAUAAAACACACACACACACACACACACACACACACACACACACACACACACGCACACGCGCGCACACGCACACACACACACACACACACACACACACACACACACACACACACACACACACACACACACACGGGCAAGAUGUGCGGCAGGAAGUCAAGCACUGCAAGAGUCAGCAGGGCAGACCGCCAAAAGCCGGGCGGGUGACACGCUCCCUUAUUUAUGCCACCGCCACUUUGUGUGUGUGUCACGUCAGUCUGGCCUCCUGGGCCACAAUCCAGCUCGGCGAAACAUGCAGUAUGUAUCGUUAGAGGUAGAUUGGGAAGAUUUUAUCAUAACGUGAAAGUCAGUAACAAUAUCCAAUUGCAGGUUACAGUUGGUUUGUGUACAGAAUGAACCGGUUCUUACAGAGAGGCGAAAAUGGUGUCUGUAACACCCUGAUAUUCGGACUAGAAGGACUAUGUGCCCUGCCCUGACCUUUGACCGCUGUGGCGCUGGGUAGCCACGAAAACAACUCUCAAAAUUGGGAAUGACGAAAAAAUAUACCUAGACAUUAGCAUCCCGCACUGUACUUUGAAACACCGUGAAGUACGACUGCAAACUGGUGAGACAAUGCUGCCACAGAGACCAGGAUCCCUUCUUAGCUUUGCGUCACCUUGAACCAAGAGACACAAAGGAGGACAAUAAUGAGUAAAAUAGCCAAGACCUUUAGUCUCCUAAGAAAGUGGACGGAAGGAAAUGAAUUCUACACCUUGUGCUUCUUUUGACAGUGGUAAGCUCACUCUAAUAUAGCAGCUGAAUAUUACCACUACACAGAAAGAAAAGAAGACUCAAGAAAUCGUGGAAAUCUGUAAGACCAGAGGCAAAGAUCAUCAGUGUCCGCACCAAGAAUUACCAAAAGGGUCAUCAGAGGCAUCGCUUGGCAGGGCGGGGGCAUAGGAUCAGGUGUGUGUGGUGGUUGUAACAAGAUCAAAUCUGAUGUAAUUUUCCUGUACAUUAUACGUGUGCCAACUA